CAUGCGCAGACCGGUAGGGCAAACUUUAAGAGGAAGUUUGAAGGAGAUGGAGAACGUUUCGUGCUGAGUAGGUAGAAAUUUUUUCUGCGCUAGUGCUUGGGUGAUGGUAGUUGGAUGAAGAAAGAACUCUUCCCUGCUUUGAAGCGCCAGCCCACCCUUGCAUAAUUCCAAGCUCAUGGCUGGAAGUCCAGUGCCCCGUAGGAGGAAGGUGGUUGAAGAGACGCGGCUGGUGUUGGAAGCAUUCUUGCAAGGGGCAUUAAACAGCGGAGAGGAUGGGGUCCCAGGUCAUGUGGGCCGUGGCUAUCAUGACCCCCAAAGUUACAUGUCCAGGUCUCCUGUAGAACAUUUUCCAGAGUGUCCUGCCUGUAGCCCUGUCCAUGAAGGAAGUAACUCUGUGGAAGGGAAAAAACAUGGCUUCCGCGCCAGCAUUAAACACCUGUUGCAGAAGCGGUCCAGUUCUCUAGGACACUCAGAUAAUCUUCCCUCCCCUGGAGACUCUUUAAAGAAAUCUAAGUCAGGACCUGAAGGGACCCACCGCAAGCACCACUUCUCCUUCAAGGGCCUUCUGAAGAAGAAGACUGCUUCAGUAGAGAUAACUGACUCCAAUGCUCUCCCCAAGCGGCCUGACACUUUACCUGUCAUAACCUGCUAUUGUAAAAAGCAGGCAGCUGAGCCAGAAGAGGCCCAAACAACAGGCAAUGGUGAAGCUGAGGAUGCUGAGUUUUAUACUUUGGUGGCUCAGAAACUAGAUUACUUUGUGAAACACCAACAACGGAUCAGCCCCAUAGCUGCAAAAAGCUCAGUUUCUCCCAAAGAUCCAAACAUUACAAUUUCCACAGAUACAAUCUCUGACAAUUCAGUUGCCUUGGAAAAAGUGCCAGAACAAUCUGAUGAGAAACAGAAAGAACAAAUCCUUCAGAAGUUGGUUGCCCUUCUGGAAGAACAGGCUGCUGUCUUCAAUAAAAAGAUUGAAGCUGACCCACUGCUACGCAACACUAUCUCCCGUCUCUCAUACCGCAGUUUUACACACCUGGCUGAAGCCUUUACAUCACGUACCCCACCUGGGGUCUCUAACCCUGAACUAGCCAAGCUAGCCCUUACCAUGGAACUCACAAGGAAAGUGGCCGGCAUCAACAGCCAUGCAGUACAUACCCUCAUGGGCUACAGUUUGCAGUAUAUGGAUAUGUUCAUACCUUGGCUGCAGCAGCAAGGUGGCUGGGAGAACAUUGUAGCCCAGGAGGAGAUAUUCGACUUGCAACUUGACUGAACAAACUUCCAUGCACCAGUGGCAAUGCACUUAUGAUGAAUCUUAUUUGCAGAAGAUUGCUGGGUAGAGCUGCUUUCCUCCUAAACUAAAUUCAAAGGGACAUUUUGUUUUAGUAGGCAUGACUGGAGCUAAUUCUGAGAUAUUAAGAAUUAGCAGAAAUCAACAUUAAUAUUUUAUUUGGAGUGAACUACAAAAUUUGACCACAGUAUGCUAAAUGUUUUUGUCAAGUAUUCCUGCAGAAGUUUGAAAUAUUUACUCCCUCAUAAACCUUCCAAUUGUCAAAAUAUUUCUUAAAGGCUGUUCUUCAGAAAUCAGAGGCAAGAAAAGUGAUGCCCUCUGUGAGAGCCUCUGUUCUUCCAAGUGAGCUUUACUGAGGAAGGCUAGUUGGUUUUUUUUCCAUCCAGGAUGAACUGUCCUCAGAUUUUAUACUUGAGUUUAAAUAGAUACAUUCAAAUCUUAUUUUAUCCCUAUUUUCAGAUGGAUGGAAAUUUUCAGGUGUGCCUUUUCCUUGUUCUGAAUUUUUUGUUUCGAAGUGCUCUGAGAAUUUUUGGGAUUUUAGAACAAGAAAAAGAAUUCCUAUGCAAAGCUGGCUAAUAUGAGGAGACUCAUAUUACCGUAAUUUCAGUGGGACUAAGUUUUGUGUAAAUAGGAGGAGAAAAGAAACUUAAUAUCAAACUCAGGGAUAUGGAAGCAUGUUUGUUUAACAGCAAUAGCUUCCCUGAAGCACUGUGAUUUUUUUUUAAAA